UCCCAAGGACACCCGGCGAGCUUGAACUCAGGCCUCCUCGGCUUCCUGCCAAGAGGCGGAGACUUGGCUGCAGCCAGGACAAGCUGCCAGCCAGCUGUGUGCCAUCUGCCCAGCUGGAGGUGGUAAGACCAACCAGCCGCUUCUUGCGGCUGCCACCAGCUGCGCCCGGCCACCGCGGGGCACCCUCUGCCGGUCAACAGGAGAGACAACUGCAGCACAGCUCCCAGCUGACCGCGGGAGAUAAUGCCUUGUACGCAUGCGCAUGCUGAAAAGGCGCCGUUCGCCGGCUACCUUUUCGUUUGUAUGAAGAGCCCUGCUCCGUGGACAGACUGGCGCGCCUCUGUUGCGCAGGCGCAGAACUACAACUUAAGGGUUUUCCCCAACGGCCUGUUUUUGCACGUUAGGAGAAACUACACUUCCCAUAAUCCUUUGUUCCAGGGUUGGGCGCUUCUGGGCUCCGGAAUCGCCGGCGGCCGGGCCUGCCGGACCCACUGAGGACAUGGCUCUCUUGGCUGGAUCCCUGUUGGGCCCCACGAGUAGGUCGGCAGCGUUACUGGGUGGCAGGUGGCUCCAGCCCCGGGCCUGGCUGGGGUUCCCGGACGCCUGGGGCCUCCCCAUCCCACAGCCGGCCCGGGGCAAGACUCGCGGAAACGAGUAUCAGCCGAGCAACAUCAAACGGAAGAACAAGCACGGCUGGGUCCGGCGCCUGAGCACGCCGGCCGGCGUCCAGGUCAUCCUUCGCCGAAUGCUCAAGGGCCGCAAGUCGCUGAGCCAUUGAGGAUCGCGAUGCUGUCGGCGGGACCCCCAUAGAAGCAUCGCCCUCACCUCGCGACCUUGCCUGGCGCUGUUUUUGCAGGGAGCUGGGGAGCAGGAACGCCUCGGACCUGAGUGCUCUCCGUAUUGUGGGGUUGAAGGCUGCAUGGGAGCUUGCCAAGUCCCUUUUUAGACUUUUUAAUUAGGAAGCAUUUCGAACCUGCGCAACAGACCGAAGAACAGUACAACGAACCUCCUUGUACCCAGUACACAGCCGUGACUACCGACCACCUACAACCCGUCCCUGCCCCAUCCUUGGUUCUUUUGAAGCUGAUCUCAGGCAUCGGAUGAUUUCUUCUAUAAAUAUUUCUUGUAUCUCGGAGAGAAUGUAUCUCUCCAAGAUGAGAGCUCAUUAAAAUAUAAUUACAAAGCGUAUCACAUCCAAAGGAAUUAUCAAUAAUUUUGAAAUAUUGUUAAACGUGUAAUAAAUGUUAAAAGUUCCAGUUGC